AUGGCGGAAUCUGGAGUNUCCCCCACUCGGAAUCCUUCUCAACUUUCGUGGGUGAGGAAUUUGAUUUUGGCCUACCAGAGCUUUGGUGUAGUCUACGGUGACAUCAGCACAUCCCCUCUCUAUGUGUAUCCUUGCACAUUUAUCGGCAAGUUGCACAAGCACCAGAACGAGGAAGCCGUAUUUGGUGCAUUCUCUUUGAUUUUCUGGACCCUCACGUUGCUUCCCCUUCUCAAGUACUUUCUUGUAUUAUUGAGUGCCGAUGACGAUGGAGAAGGCGGAACAUUCGCUCUCUAUUCGCUGCUUUGUAGGCAUUCAAAGCUUAGUUUACUUCAUAACCAACAAGCUGCUGAUGAAGAGCUCUCAGCUUACAACUGUGGUCCAUCCUCGGAAGCUGGAACUUCAUCCCUCUUUAAAAGAAUCCUUGAAAAGCACAAAAGGCUCAGGACCGCGUUGCUGGUUGUUGUACUUUUUGGAGCUGCUAUGGUCAUAGGAAACGGGGUUCUUACUCCAGCAAUAUCAGUUCUGUCGUCUCUGUCGGGUUUGCAAGCUACAGAGAAGAAGUUGACUGAUGGUGAACUCCUGUUGCUUGUCUGUGUCAUAUUGGUCGGACUGUUUGCUUUGCAACACUGUGGUACUCACAGGGUGGCUUUUAUGUUUGCACCAAUUGUGAUCAUCUGGCUUAUUUCAAUACUCUUUGUCGGUUUAUACAACAUCAUAUACUGGAAUCCAAAGAUAAUACAUGCAAUUUCCCCGCUUUAUAUCAUCAAAUUCUUCAGAGUGACUGGUCAAGAUGGCUGGAUUUCUCUUGGAGGGGUUCUUCUUUCUGUAACAGGUACUGAAGCUAUGUUUGCAGAUCUUGGCCAUUUCACCUCGGUCUCAAUCAGACUUGCUUUCGCCGUUGUCGUGUACCCCUGUCUGGUGGUACAAUACAUGGGCCAGGCAGCUUUCUUGUCAAAAAACCUCGGGUCUAUUCCCAAUAGUUUUUACAAUUCAGUCCCAGAUCCUGUUUUCUGGCCUGUCUUUGUCAUUGCCUCACUUGCAGCCAUUGUUGGCAGUCAGGCUGUGAUAACCACUACGUUCUCAAUAAUCAAACAAUGCCAUGCUCUUGGGUGCUUCCCACGCGUCAAAGUAGUCCAUACUUUGAAACAUAUAUAUGGACAGAUCUAUAUCCCAGAGAUCAAUUGGAUCCUGAUGAUCCUUACGCUUGCAAUAGCUAUAGGCUUUAGAGAGACAACGUUUAUUGGAAAUGCUUACGGACUCGCCUGCAUGAUAGUAAUGUUCAUCACAACGUUUCUCAUGGCUCUUGUCAUAGUUGUGGUUUGGCAGAAGAGUUGUUUUCUGGCAGGUUUGUUCCUUGGAACUCUAUGGAUGGUCGAAGGUGUCUACCUCUCAGCAGCGCUCAUGAAAGUUCCCCAGGGUGGUUGGGUGUCUUUGGUGCUUGCAUUCAUAUUUAUGAUCACCAUGUAUGUGUGGCGCUAUGGCACCCGCAGGAAAUACAGCUUUGAUCUUCAUAACAAAGUUUCACUGAAGUGGUUGUUGGGAUUAGGACCUAGUCUUGGUAUUGUCCGUGUGCCUGGAAUAGGACUUGUAUACUCAGAACUUGCAACUGGAGUUCCUGCAAUAUUCUCUCACUUUGUCACCAACCUCCCGGCAUUCCAUAAAGUCGUGGUGUUUGUUUGUGUGAAAUCAGUUCCAGUGCCUCAUGUUCCCCCUGAAGAACGCUUCCUCAUUGGCCGUGUUUGCCCAAAACCUUAUCGUAUGUACAGGUGCAUAGUGAGGUAUGGGUACAAGGACAUUCAACGGGAGGACGGAGACUUUGAGAAUCAGCUGAUACAGAGCAUAGCGGAGUUCAUCCAGAUGGAAGCAGGCGAACUCCAAUCAUUGGCGUCGGAGUCUCAAUCUUAUGAUGGGAGAAUGGCCGUUUUAAGCAGCCAGAAGAGUCUCUCCAGCGCAAUCCUGACGGUGUCAGAGGUGGAGGACAUUGAUUUUGCUGACCCCACAAGACAAAGCAGUAAAUCAAUGACGCUGCAGAGCUUGCGGUCAGUGUACGAGGAUGAGUAUCCGCAAGGGCAAGUGAGGAGGCGGGCUGUGAGGUUCCGGUUAAUGCCACCAAGUCGUGGGAUGGAGUCCUCUGUGAGGGAAGAGCUAAUGGAUCUGAUAGGGGCGAAAGAGGCAGGUGUUGCGUAUAUAAUGGGCCACUCGUAUGUGAAAGCGAGGAAAUCCUCGUCCUGGUUGAAGAAGCUGACAAUUGAUAUCGGCUACUCAUUUCUGAGGAAGAACUGCAGAGGGCCAGCUGUAGCACUCAAUAUUCCUCCCAUCAGCCUCAUUGAAGUUGGCAUGAUUUACUAUGUUUAG